UUUGCCUGUUCCACCCUAUUUUAUAGACCGCCCACAAUCACUUUUGAGGAACAGGAGGGGAUCCUGAGUCGAACCGUGCCUAAUCAACAUGUUGCUAAUUAACAAAUUGGCUGUAUUGUCAGCUUUCGUCGCUUCGGUGACCGCUCAGACGUGGACCGACUGUGACCCUCUCAACAGUACCUGUCCCGCAGCGCCCGCCCUGGGCACCAAUCACACUUGGGUCUUCAAUCAGACCAUGGAUGACAAAAUUUGGAAGAUUACGAACGGCAAUAUCGACUGGACUGAAGAUGGAGCGGAAUUCUCCAUCAGGAAGAAAUUAGACUCUCCCACAAUGCAGUCGACCUUCUUUAUCUUCUUCGGCAUUGUCGAGUCCCAUGUCAAGAUGGCGAAGGGCCAUGGUAUCGUCAGCAGUGUGGUGCUUCAGUCAGCCGAUCGAGACGAGAUUGAUUGGGAAUGGGUGGGCUACAAUACUUCCGAGGUCCAGUCAAACUACUUUGGCAAAGGCAAUGACACGUCAUUUGGCCGCGGUGGCUUUCACUAUGUGGAGAAUGCUGAUACUGAAUUCCACAACUACACCACCUACUGGACCCAGGAGAAACUCGAGUGGUGGCUUGACGGCAAUCUGGUCCGGACGUUGAAGUACGAAGAUGCCGUAGAUGGCAAGAACUUCCCCCAAACGCCUAGCAAUGUUCGUUUUGGUAUCUGGCCCGCCGGUGACCCUAAAAACGCCCAUGGCACGAUUGAAUGGGCUGGAGGCGAGGUCGAUUACAACGCUGGUCCCUACACCAUGGUCGUGAAGAACGUGCGCGUGCAUGACUUCCACACUGGCAAAGAGUACAAUUACACAGAUCAUUCGGGAUCGUGGGAAAGUAUUCAGGUCGUCCAGGGCAAUUCCACUACCGUGGAGCAGCUGAACAAGGAGCCAGAGAAAUCCCUGAGCGAGAAAUGGGCUGCGCUGCCAACUGCAGCUAAGACCGGGGUAUACUGCGGUGCUGCAGCUGCCGGCGUUCUUCUCAUCGCUGUAGGCGCCAUUUACGUUAUCAGGCAACGCAAGAAGGGUCGCCUCGAAUAUGCUCUCGACGACACUAGGUGGAACAAUGAACGGAACGAGAUGAACAACCUUCAAACCACUUGGAAAGCAAGCGAAUGGGGACACAGAGGCUAUCAACCAGUGAACUAGCCAAAGCUUCGUCAGAGAUACCUAGGGACACGACAACACAAUCCCUACGUUGAUGAUGAAAACGAAACAAAAGAUGUUUUUUUUGGGGGGAGGAUUUUCUGCCGCGCCACCUGCAAGGGGGGCUGGGUUGCCUUGCUGCACCCUUAUGCACGUUGCAGCAGAGACCGAGCGAAAUAAUCUCGCGCCGGCUUUGCUGGCCAAAGUUGCGUGGGCUGGUUUUUAAUCUCUUGGGGUUUUGGCGUCGCUUCGGUAGAGCGUAUUGGGCUCAUGAUUUGCCU